UUAUUGUAAUUAGCAAAACCAAUCCAAUUUAUAAGCCAAUGGCAUCCUCGCUUAUGUCUAUUAAACACACGGUUUCUUCUAAACUGUAUGCAGGGAUAAAUAGUUUUAGCUCAUGCUCAAAUUACAACAGAUCUCAUCUGGUAACGCUGAGUUGCAAGGGUUAUGUCAAUCCAAUUUUUCGAUUACACUCGAAUCAAAAGAGUUUGAAACAUCUCACAAGAGCAAGAAAACUAGAAGAGGAAGAUGAGAAAGAAGAGGACGAGGACAAUGAGUACUAUGCAGCAGAGGAGGAUGACAAAGAAGUCUAUCCAGUGGAAGAGGAGGACAAAGACGACUGUCGAGCAGAGGAGGCAGUUCUAAAACUAUACACCGACAUCAAAGACCGAAACAUCAAUGGAGUAUCAGAAGUUAUUGGAGAUGAAUGCCAAUGCUUUUGCAACUUCUUAUCUUCUUACCGCCUCUUGCAAGGCAAGAAGCAAGUGGUGGCUUUCUUCUACUGGUUGAUGAUGAACCUGGGGAAAGAUAUCAAGAUUAUUGUUAGACCAACCUCCAAAGAUGGCAUGACCGUUGGUGUUCAAUGGCAACUCGAAUGGGAGAAGUCAAACAUCCAAUUGGGGAAGGGAGUCAGUUUCCACAUGUUCCAUAUCUACCAGGGAAAACUGUUGAUAAAGAAUGUGGAGAUGUUCAUGGAGCCAAUCUUUCACAUUGAGCCUCUUAGACUAAGAACUAUGGCGUUUGCAGUGAGCUUGGCUGAGAAGAUGUUCAUUUUCCUAAGACCAGUAGAAAACAUAAGGAGACAAGCAAUGACACUUUUCCUUCUUGCUCUUCUGUUGCUUGCUGCAGUCGUUUUCUACUUCACCCAACCAAGACUAUAAGGCUAAAACAGACAGCAAAUACCAUGGAAGAUACCGGAGAGAGAAAACCAUAAGAGUAUUGAGUUUUUUUUUCUAUCAAAUGAUGCUUCAGUGUAUCAGUUCACAUCAUUUUUAAGGCAUCAAACCAGACAUUUUGCGGAUGCA